AUUGUAUUUCAGAGUGACAUGAUGUGAGUGUUGAAGACAACCAUGGAUGAUGCCAUACUCCAAUGGGUGUGUGUAGUCUUGCCACUGCAUUCCGCCAGUCUGCUCAUCUCCUCCUUGAUCAGCAAUAUAAGCUUUUAUUAGACACGUGGUCACUUGGAGAAAUUCAAGAAGCAUUUAGUUUAAUCCUUGAGAUAGAGCAGCACACUAACUUCCAUGUGCUGCAUCCCAACCACCGCCAGCACUCCGCAAUCCCACACCUUCAGUUUAUUUAUGACCGUCUACAGAAGAUCUUUGGUUUAAGACUGUGGGCUAAAGUUGGACAAAGUCUUCCACAGAAUGAAACUAUAAGUUUACGCUGCUUCCGGAACUUACAAGCUCUGGAGUUAUUGCACAUUCCUGUGACCAGCCUCAAAGCCCUCCAAACCCUGCGGCCAACACUGCGAUCAGUAAUAAUAGUUAAAGGACUAACACGACUUAGUGAUCUGUUCAUCCGUUGUGGUGGUGAUAAGGUAAAUUUUAACUCCAUUAUUUUUAUCUUAAUUAAAAUACAAUGAAAUAUCAGUUUUUAAUAUAUAAUCCAGUGAAAGGACAAGUAAAAAAAUGUAGGACUGAAAUGUACUGUGGUAUUAAAAGAGAGUCACCAAAAUUUGUGUGUACACACUUUACAUCUGUUACAGGUACAGUACAGCUACAGGUCAUACAAUGUUUUUGAUGGUUAUUCAGUAACUAAAUCAAUUAUAUUCAUUGAACUCUGUGGGAUACAUUAUAUAAAUCCCAGUAACUGUCUUCCAUCACAGCAUUGCUGCAAUUUUGGAACCUUGGUAAUAAGCUGAUCGUAUUUUAGUUAUUUCUUAACCAGAGAAAUUGAAACAUAAAAUUUACUCACAUUUUGCUAUUUUUGUAGGAAUUAUACUUGAUAUGGGGGUGGAUGUGGUUACUCUUGGAUACAUCAAUGUGGAAAAGUGGAUAGACUGAUGGUUAUUAGUGUGUCUGUCAUCAGUUUUUCAUUACUCUCUACUGCUCUCUACACAACUAUUGAAAAUUAUUUUUGCCAAACUUGGUAGUCAGGUCAGAGGGUAAGAUGUCAUCUUACCCUCUGACCUGACUACCGACUGCUGCGGU